UACGGGAAGAAGAACUAUAAGCUCUCGCCGUGAGUCACUUUGUGCCCAUUUCUGUCAACUUUCGGCAAGGGUUUAAGUAAAACCUUCUUCCUCAAUCAAUCAACAAUGGCGGACGACGAUUACAACGAGAUAGAUAUGGGAUACGAGGAUGAGCCACCAGAGCCUGAGAUUGAAGAAGGUGUAGAGGAAGAUGUAGAAAACAAUAACACUGAUGAGAUUCCUGGGGAAACCAUUGAAACAGAUGAUAAAGAAGAACAGGAACAAGUUGAGGGACCGCAUAAAACUUCAAAAUUUAUGACCAAAUAUGAGCGAGCUAGAAUCUUAGGUACACGUGCUCUGCAGAUCAGCAUGAAUGCACCUGUAAUGGUUGAGUUGGAGGGUGAGACUGACCCACUCGAAAUUGCUAUGAAGGAACUGCGUGAGCGGAAGAUUCCCUUUACCAUACGCCGCUACCUGCCUGAUGGAAGUUAUGAGGACUGGGGAGUCGACGAAUUGAUUGUGGAAGACUCAUGGAAGAGGCAAGUGGGUGGUGAUUAGACCGUUCUGAUUAGUAGGGAGAAUGUUCUGACUCAUGGAAGAGGCAAGUGGGUGGUGAUUGAGAUAAAUCUCAUUUAGUCAGAGAGAGUGGUCUUGCAAUAUGUAGACUUGUCUGUAAGUUUGUAUGACAUGGAUAUGAUCUUUUUGAUGGACCUUAGAAAACACUGUAAAAAAUUGUUGGAUGGUUUAACUAGUUUUAUGCAUAUAUGAUUCUAUGUGAGAUCCAAAAACAGGUUAAAUGUUUGCAGAGUAUGCUUAAGCUUAUUAUAAAAAUCAGUUACCAGGAGUUUUUUACUUAA